GGCGCUGUUCACUGUUUAUCUACAGCUAAACAUGGCGUCCGGCAGCGGGUCCAGCAAGAACGACUUCCGUCGAAAAUGGGACAAAGACGAGUACGAGAACCUCGCCCAGAAGCGUCUGGCGGAGGAGCGAGACCGAGAGAGGAGAGAUGGAAAAGUGGCUCCUCCGGUGAAACGCGACCUCCUGCGGCACCGAGACUACAAGGUGGACCUGGAGUCCAAACUGGGGAAGACCAUCGUCAUCACCAAGACCACCCCGCAGGCAGAGAUGGGCGGGUAUUACUGUAACGUGUGUGACUGUGUGGUGAAGGAUUCCAUCAACUUCCUCGAUCACAUCAACGGGAAAAAACACCAGAGGAACCUGGGCAUGUCGAUGCGAGUGGAGCGCUCGUCUCUGGACCAGGUGAAGAAGAGAUUCGAGGUGAACAAGAAGAAGAUGGAGGAGAAGCAGAAGGAGUACGACUUCGAGGAGCGCAUGAAGGAGCUGCGCGAGGAGGAGGAGAAGGCCAAGGCGUACAAGAAGGAGAAGCAGAAGGAGAGGAAGCGGCGGGCGGAGGAGGACGUGGACUUCGAGGACGACGACGAGAUGGCGGCGGUGAUGGGCUUCUCCGGCUUCGGCUCCUCCAAGAAGAGCCACUGACGCUCCGCCGCGCGAUGGAGGGCGCAGAGGGAGCCGCCGGUUUCUGGCCCCGCCCACUCCCAAGAGGCGGGGCUUCAGAAGAGGAGGGCCUCCGUCCCUCGGACUUUUACUUUCUUCUUCACUCCCAGGCUGUCAUUUCAGUAGGCUUCGUCAGAAAUCCUGCGGGCAGCGAAUGCAUCAUGAAGCAACUGAGACCAAAAAAACAACAGCGACGCAUUCAAGGUCCCGCAUAUAAAAUCUGAAAAAGUACCGUUUCUGUUUAUUUGAGACAUUUAGGGGCCGUUUGAGUUUUCCUGCUUCAGAAACUAAAACAUCCACAGAGUGAAGAUGUGAAAACUGCCUCCGAGGUCUGAGUUUAGUGUUGUUUGGGCAGACAUGAAAACAGCAUCAGAGACAGAGCAGGGCUUGCUGGGAAAUCACAUUUUAAUAAAGUUUGUUUGUAUUUGUAA